AUCGCUGGCCAGCUGUUGUAGGGGAAGGAAAGAGAGCGUAAAGCGGAGUUCGAAUAGAGCGACAGACGAUUAAUUAAUAUCACUUGGAAUCAGAAGUCGGACAAGAAGCAGACUCCGCAGAACAGGAAAAGAUGUCGAAGUUUCUGGGCGUGCCGCUGAAGAAGCCGUCGGAGGUGGAUGUGAUCAAGCCGCUGAACAAUCUCAUCCAGAGCACCUACAACGGUGCGUCGGAGGAGGAGAAGGGCAAGUACGGAGAGGCCGUCAACGAAUUUUCGAAACAACGCAAUACGGCAAUUUGGAAAUUCUUUGAAAAGUACGAGGCUUCGCUGGAGAUUGUGUACGCCUAUUAUGACCAGAUUUGUGCGCUGGAGACCAAGAUAUCGGUUAGCGAACUUCAGAUACCCUUUAAGUGGAAGGAUGCCUUCGACAAGGGCUCCAUUUUCGGCGGCAAGAUCAGCCUGACUCACACCUCCUUGCUUUACGAGAAGGUCUGUGUGCUCUUCAACAUUGCCGCCCUGCAGAGCAACAUCGCUGCCAACCAGUCCCUGGAUUCGGAUGACGGCCUUAAGCUGACCAUCAAACUGCUCCAGCAGAGCGCCGGCAUCUUUCAGUAUUUGAAGGGAGCGACGCCAGCGGCAGUGCCCUCGGAACCCACGCCCGAUCUCAGCCAGGAUACGCUAACCGUGCUGCAGGCUCUGAUGGUCGCCCAAGCGCAGGAGGUUUUCAUUCUGAAGGCAAUUAAGGAUAACUUGAAGGACCAGAUCAUCGCCAAGCUUUGCUGCCAGGCGGAGGAGUCUUACGCCGAUGUGCUGCGCGCUAUGCAAAAGGAGUCUGUGCGCAGCCUGUGGGAGAAGGAGUGGAUACCUACUAUUGCUGGAAAGCAGGCCGGCUUCCAUGCCCUCACCCAGUUGUACCAGAGUCUGGUGUGCCGUGCCGCCAAGAAGAUUGGCGAGGAGAUUGCUCGCUUGCGCAACGCCAUUGAUCUUUUCAAGGCGGCUCAGACGCGUAGCGGAAAUGAGACCUACUUGGAUGAAUACUUCAGCCGCGCCAAGCGCAACUUGACCGAGUCCACCAAGGACAACGAGUUCAUCUACAACGAGAUCAUACCAGAGCUGAGCACCUUGACCUCUCCUGGAAAAGCCCAGUUGGCCAAGCCACUGCCCAUUGCUGUCCCCUUGGCUGAAAAUUUUAAGGAUAUAUUCAGCAGCCUAGUGCCCGUGGAGCUUCAUCGUGCUCUGACCGCCUCCGAUAUGCGCCGCAAUGAGAUCGUCAACGUGGAGAUCAUGAAGUUGCGUGAAGCCACCCAGACUCUGAAUGCUGUUUUGGCCAGCUUGAAUCUUCCAGCGGCCGUGGAGACAGCCGAUGGCAACAGUGGGCUUCCGCCGUCGCUAAAGGAAAAGGCCAAUGAAGUUCGCCAGAAGGGGGGCAUUGAAAAUGUGCAGACGAUGCUUAAGGAUCUUCCCGAGCUUCUGAACCGCAACCGCGAGAUCCUCGACGAAACCGAGCGGCUCUUGGACGAAGAACGCGACUCCGAUAACCAGUUGCGGGCGCAGUUCAAGGAUCGUUGGACUCGCAUCAGCUCCGACAAGCUAACAGAGAUGUUCCGCACCAACGCGAAAAAGUAUCGCGAAGUCAUCACCAAUGCCAUCGAAGCCGACAAGGUGGUUCGCCAGAAGUUUGAGGCCAACCAGAAGGGCAUCCAACUCUUGUCCUUGCCACCCGAUCAAAUCCAACAGUCUCUGCCCUCGGCCAGUGGCAGUGUGGACCCAAACUGCUCCAGCGUGCAGCGUCUUAAGAAGCUGAUGGACGACGUGGAGACCAUUAAGGCGGAGCGUGAGGCCAUUGAGUCCGAGCUGAAAGGUGCCACUUUCAACAUGAAGGACGAGUUUUUGAUUGCCCUGCAGAAGGAUGGCGCUAUUGACGAGCCCGCCCUCUCGUUGGCGCGUAUUGGCCAAGUGCUCAAUCCCCUGCAGCAGCAGGUGCGCGAGAGCGUGGAACGUCAGCAGUCCUUGGUCAGCGAGAUCCAAAGCGCCCAUGGUGCCUUUGUCUCUGAAACUGGUAGCUGCGGCAGCUCGCGGGAUACUUUAUACCAGGAGCUAGCAACCGCCUUCGAUAGCUACAUUGAACUUUCUGGAAAUCUGCAGGAGGGCACCAAGUUCUACAACGACCUCACGCAGUUGCUGGUUGUGUUCCAGAACAAGAUCAGCGACUUUGUGUUCGCCCGCAAGACAGAGAAGGAGGAGCUGCUCAAGGACUUGACCACAGAGUCCAGCCGCCAGGCAUGUCCGGCCACUCCAGCCCUUCCCUCGCACUAUGCAUCCACAUCGGGCAGUGGCAGCGAUAUUCCACCUGGCUCCGCACCUAGUGUGCCACCUGCCGCAUCAACGGCCAACAUUCCGUAUCCGGCCCAAGUGCAAGGCAUGCCUAUUCCAUAUGGAGCCCAGCCAGGUGUGCCCUACCCCGCCUAUGUGCCCGCUCCGAUGCCGCAGAGCUUCAAUCCAUACGCCACCUUGCCGUAUCCUGGUAACUAUCAGUACCAGGGAUUCCCGCAGGGACCGCCACCCGGCCACUACGGAACAUACCCAGGCAGUUAUGCCAACCAGCAGGGUGGAUAUCCCAACCAGAAGCCACCUGGCUGGUAAAUGGCGCUGUAGCUGUAAUCAAGUUCAUGUCCACAUGUGCGCAGUCCGUUCCGCCCAAGGGUCAAUCGCAUGGCAGAGCCUCAGAUGAGUCUGGAUGGUGGGCAGACAAGAUGGGUGGUAUUCGGCAUUUAAUGCUCCGUGUUCUGGUUCUGUUUGGAAAUUGUAUCAUACAUGUUGAUGGCUUAUUGGAUUUUAAUCUCAUAUAUGAAAACAUUAUUAUCACGUAUCACAGUAAACGUUCUUACCCUAG